AUGAAUUCAAACAACUAUUUACAUACGUGGCUCGAUAAGGAGAUAUUGCCGGACAAAGAGAGGCUUGGGUCAUCCUUUUUGACAUUCUCUGCAAAUGAGGUUAAUGACAAUAUGUUCCGCAACUGGUAUGAAUCGGGAAAUCUUCCAAGAUCGUGUGACUCUAGCUACUCGAGUAUCAGUAAUUCACAAGAUAAUCAGGAGUUUUUUGGUACUAACAACUAUUCCAGGGAUCUUAUAAGGCGUGAGGCCUCGGUUAUUUCAGGUAGCGAUGACGUUUGGAGAAAUCCUUUCGAGUCUGGUUUGAAUGAUUCCUUAGAUACUCACCACGAAACCGUCUCACAUAAAGAUAGCCUUGGUGAUUGCUUGAAUAAUUACUUCUUGAAAACCCUGGAACACUUUUCUAGUCCUUAUAAUUCCUACAAUCCCAAUCCGUUUUCAUCUGAUCGGGAUGGCGUUGAUGUUUAUUCCAGCCUAGCUCCGGAGCAUGAUACGCCGGCCGGUCCACAAAAUCAUAUGAAUCUUGAAUUUAGAUCGGGAAACGUGGAAAGUAAUCGUCUUGUUCUCAGCGGUAAAGACGUGUGUACAUUCAACGUGGAUAGCUUUCGUGUCGCAUUGGAAGGUCAGGAAGUGUUGAACGGUACUUAUACCCUCCCUUCUGGAGAGAGUACGUUCAAGGAUUCACUGGACAGCAUACUGUCUAUGGACAAUGUUUACACCAUCAGAAAUAGUGAUGGUAUAGAUAGUAAGUAUGGUACGGAACAUGACUACGAAGGGGGCUUUGAUCACGAUCUAAUCUAUAAUGGUGUCAGGGACGUUGUCUCUAGGUCUGGUCUGGAAGAUGAUUCUGAGGGAUGGGAUCUGCUUAUGAAGAGACUUUUUGUUUCUGCUAGCAAUGCUGUAAAACCGGUUAAUGAUCUGGAUCCCAGGAAUUACUCUGUCACUCAUAGAUCUUUUGAUGACCCCUUUUAUCUCAAGAAUCGUAGAGCAUUCAGUUCUUCGUCUAUAAACUCCAGUGUUAAUGGAUACAAAUCUGUUGGAUUCAAUGCCCGACCCCCCUCUGAAUAUGUUUACGGUUCUUCUGAUGGUGAGGGUUUUGGAGGUUCUUCGGUUGAGUAUUCAUCUGGUAACGAGAGUUCUGGCGGAAAUAGCAAGAUUUCGACUAAUGUUGGAUCCGUUUCUGAGACCUGCACUAACUUGCCAAGUGAUCCAAAUUUGGGUUUUAAAAAGACAUCUUUGUGUAAGUAUUGGCAGAGAGGGAUAUGUGCGAAUGAGGACUGCAAUUUUGCACAUGGAAAGAAAGAGUUAAGAUCUACUAUCGGUGUUUGGAGAACCACAAUAUGUCAUCACUGGAAAAGUGGAAUAUGCCGUGUUGGUAAAGAUUGUAGACACGCUCAUGGUGAAGAAGAGUUGCAACCGAAGAAUAUUCCCGUUAAUGUUCUCAAGAACAAGCUCCUUAACUCUACGAGGAAGUAUGAAUACAUGAGGAAGAAGAAAACCUACUAG